CGCUGCCCCGGACCACUCAUCAUCUUCUUUCAAAUAAGUCCGCAACAUUAUCAAUACCGACAUGGAUAUAGACAGUCUUUUCAAGGUUCCCAAGUUUCCGACGAGUGGAAAUAAACGAAAAAUGCCAGCUAAUCCAACUCCAGAAAUGCUGAAGAAGAUGCGAAUAGAAAGCGAAGCUUCUGAGAAGGGCAUCGAAACCCUUCCGAAUUCACCAGGAGGGAAAAGCAAGACGCGUGCUACUGUGGAGGACGCGAUGGAUGAGGACGAAGAUCCAAGCUUUGCACCCGGCGGAGAUGCCGAUUAUUUUAUUGAGGAGGACGAAGACGGGAGAUUUUACGGCGGCGGAUUGACUAGCGAACAGAAGGAUAUACUGAAUAUAUUUGAACGUGCAGGUGACGAGGUGUUGGCAGAAUCCGAUGAACUAACAAUAACUGGCAUACGGAGAACCCUCCUCAAAUUUGAACGCGCGGUCAGCAAGAAUCAAGAUCAACGAUCCAAAUAUCCAGAUGACCCCACGAAAUUUAUUGAAUCAGAGGCGGACCUCGAUAAUGCCAUAAAAUCCCUCCUUCCAUUGGCUCAAGCUCCUGCGCUCGCGUACUCCGAGCUUGUACGGUCGGAAACUAUCGUUCUCCUCGUUGGCUUGCUUAGUCACGAGAAUAUGGAUAUUGUGAUCGAUGUGGUAGAAGUUUUUCAUGAACUUACAGAUGAAGAUGUUGGGGAAGAAGCAGACGGCAAUGAGGAAGACAGCGAAGGGCAUGCCGCCAGUCUGAAGCUCCUUAUUGAAUCACUUUUGGAAAAUUCGAUAAUGGAUCUUCUGAUCGGUAAUUUGAAGCGCCUGAAUGAAGACGAGGAAUCAGAUCGACAAGGUGUAUUCCAUAUACUAGGAUUUUUCGAAAACCUCGUUGGUUUCAAUCCUUCUCUUGCUACAGACUUGGUGUUGAAGACAAACAUUCUUGUGUGGUUGCUUCAACGAAUCCAAUCGAAGAAACACGAUGAGAAUCGGGGUUAUGCAGCUGAGCUACUUUCCAUCCUCUUACAGGACAACCAGGCCAAUCGCUUAGAACUUGGAAAAAAGGAUGGCAUCGAGACACUGCUAAAGGUUGCUUCACAAUACCGCCGGCGAGAUCCCGUCGAUGCAGAAGAGUUGGAAUUCAUGGAAAACGUCUUCGAUAGUCUGUGCUCUGCACUCAAUGAACCUGAUAAUAAGAUGCUUUUUGUGGAAGCCGAAGGCCCUGAUCUAAUGGUUCUGCUCAUCAAAGAGAAAAUGGAAUCUCGUUCAAAAUCUAUCAAAACGUUGGACUAUGCCAUGUCAGGCCCAGCAGGUACAUUGAAUUGUCAGGCAUUUAUAGAUGCCUUAGGUCUAAAAACAUUGUUUUCUGCUUUCAUGGGCAAAGGUACAAAAAAACAUAAAUCCGCUGCCCUUCCACUUGCAUCAGAGGAUACGUCCCAUAUAUUAGGGAUUAUAUCUUCAUUGUUUUCGAACCUGCCUUCGGACUCGCCCGAACGAAUUCGUCUUUUGACCAAGUUUGUCGAAAACAACUACGACAAGGUUGAUAAACUCUUAGACAUCCGGGACAAUUCUCUAUCUCGAUUGAGAGUAGCCGACGCUGAAAUCACGCGUCAGAAAAAGGAUGUGCUUGCAGAUGGCGAGGAAAUCUCACCGGAAGAUGAAGACGCCUGGUAUAUCCUGAGACUAGAUGGAGGUCUUUAUACUCUUCAGACCGUGGACUAUAUCCUUGCUUGGAUCGCAAUGGAAGAUGAUGGCAUCCGUUUACAUUUAUCACAGAUGCUCAGUAGGAAAAAUCAGUCAUUGAAAGACGUGGUCCAAACUCUACGGAUAUACCACGAUAACGUUGGCGAAGAUUCGAACAGCACUUAUGAUGCGGGAUCCACUUCACAAAAAGCCAUACUACAAGGACUCAUUCUUGCACUGGAGCCUACAUAGAGUCACGGAUCAAUAGGAUUGGUCGACAUUAUCUACUGUAUGUACUACUUUUGAAAAACGGCUGUUAUCGCAAUGGGAGAUUUGUUGAUGCUACGGCCGAAAAGAUCAUGUCCAAGGCACCUUUCGUUCUUCGGAUUUCCUUCUGGAACCGAAGCUCUGUCUGUACCUUUUUGCGUAGUCGUAGAAAGAGUGAGUCAAUCAGUGGGGAUUGACCUAAGAUCGGAGUAUACAUCU